AUGGCUGGUGAUAAUAUUUUGGAAGACGAAGAAGAGAAUAUUCUCUAUGAUUUACUUAUUAAUACUGAAUGGCCACCUGAAACAGAUACACAGUUGCGAGGACUCAAGGAGCGCGACUCGUCUGUUAUUGCAAAAGCGGUGACAGGACCAUUCCGGUUCUUUCUCCACUACCUUUGGUACAGCCCCUCAAGUUCAUCGUUACCGCCCGGACUCGUGCGCCUGGCAGCCAAACAGAUCAACUGGCAGCUGGUGCUCGCAAGUAAUGGAAAGCUCCUGGCCGUGGUACAGGACCAGUGUGUUGAAAUCAGGUCUGCCCGAGAUGACUUUAGCUCCAUCAUAGGGAAAUGUCAAGUGCCUAAAGACCCCUCUCCCCAGUGGCGUCGGGUGGCAUGGAGCCACGACUGUGCCCUUUUGGCAUACGCAGACAGCACUGGCACCGUCCGCGUGUUUGACCUGAUGGGCAGUGAGCUUUUCAUCAUACCACCAGCGGUGAGUUUUCCUGGGGACUUCAGCUAUGCUGCUGCAGGUCUUAUCUUCCUGGAGUACACAGGCAGUGCACAGUGGUCAGCAGAGCUACUUGUCAUCACCUACAGCGGCCAGCUCAAGAGCUACCUGGUCAGUGUGGGAACUAAUCAGAGCUUCCAGGAGAACCACAAUUUUUCUUUCUCCACCCACUAUUCCAACGGCAUCACCACGGCAAUCUACCACCCUGGUCACAGGUUGCUGCUGGUCGGUGGCUGUGAGUCGGGCGGCGCCGAGGCGUCUAAGGCGACCCACUGCGGGAUCACGGCUUGGCGGAUACUGUCGGGGUCACCGUAUUAUAAACAGGUCACCAGCUAUGAGGACGACGUGAGCGCGACACAGAGAAGAGGAUUUUUCAGAAUGCCCAGCAUCAAAAUCUUCUCCAGACAAAGCAAUGAGAAGGACGGCGUGUUCAGGAUGAGUCUGUCUCCUGAUGGGACACAGCUGGCUGUGAUUCACUUCUCCGGGAGUCUGAGCCUGUGGGACGUGCCGUCGUUCAAACUCAGGCGCAGCUGGAUGCAGGAGGAUCAGCCUGGAUUUGAUGAAAUCAAUCCUGAGUGGAAGACUUCUCUGGAGAAGAGAAAGAAAAUAAAAGAUAAGGAGCAGUAUCAGUCUCUGGUGGAUGUGAGCUGGUGGAGCGAGGCAGCCCUGAUUCUGGCCCGAUGUUCCGGCUCCCUUACCGUCUCCUCCGCGCGAACGCUCCGCAACCUGCUCGGAAAAUCCUGCGAAUGGUUCGAACCCUCGCCCCGCCUCACCUCCGCUCACGACGGGGGCUUCCUCAGUCUGGAGUGUGAGAUUAAACUGGCUCCGAAACGCGCUCGUCUGGAGAGCAGCGCCACGGGCGACGGAGGUGACGACGAGGGUGAGGAUGAUUCCGACUCUGACGAAGAGUCUUCGGCGAAGGCGCGCUACUUCGGCUACGUCAAACAGGGCCUGUAUUACGUCACAGAGAUGGAACGAUUCGCCCCGCCUCGGAAACGACCUCGCACGGUCAUCAAAAACUAUCGACUGGUCAGCCUGCGAUCCACCACGCCGGAGGAACUGUACCAGCGAAAGAUUGACCAUGAGGAGUAUGGUGAGGCUCUCUCUCUGGCUCAUGCUUACGGCCUGGAUUCAGACCUGGUCUAUCAGAGACAGUGGAGGAAAUCUACAGUCAGCAUCGCCUCUAUUCAGGAUUACCUGAGUAAGAUAAAGAAGAGGUCCUGGGUGUUGCAUGAGUGUGUGGAAAGGGUUCCUGAGAAUGUGGAUGCUGCCAAAGAGCUGCUGCAGUACGGCCUGAAGGGAACGGACCUGGAGGCUCUCAUCGCCAUCGGCAACGGCGAGGACGGCGGCAGGUUCAUUUUGCCUGGUGAUGUUGACUUAGACGACACUCCUUAUGAUGACUUUCUUUCGAUGGAAGAAGAGAUGGAACGAAAAAAAGAGAAAGAAGCAAAGAAGAGGCAGGAACUCCUCAAGAAAGUGGACUUCAGCAGACUGACCCUGGAACAGAAAGAGUUGUGCAGAAGCAGACUGAAGCUCCUGUCCUAUCUUGACAGACUGGCCACCUAUGAGGAGAUCCUGGGUGGACCCCAUGCUGCAGAGCAGAGAUAUGAUGCUGAGUUUUUUAAGAAGUUCCGCAGUCAGAAUAUUGUUUUGUCAGCAAGAACUUACGCUAGGGAGAGCAACGUCCAGGCCUUGGAUAUCCUGUUCACCUAUCACGGCUCAGAGCUUCUCCAGCAUCGCCUGGCCAUCCUCUGCAACUUCCCAGAAACCACCUCUCCUCACGAGUACACCGCACUGCUGCCUGAGGCCUGUAUGGAUGAUAAGGGCAAUCUGGUGUUGAUUCCAUGGGAUGAGCAGAGGCACAAGGAACUGGACUGGUGUGAGGAUCCUGAGUGCAGAGCGGUGGUGGAGUCUGAUCUUGCUAAUGACUAUCAGUUCCUGUAUGAGGAACAGCCAGAGUUGGAACGAUUCUGCACCAUGAACCCGUCCAUCACACUCCUCACAGACUGGUACUUAACCCGUGCUCAGGACAUCGAGAGUAACUCACGACAGGUGGAUUGUGCCCUGUCACUGGUGCGUCUAGGAAAAGAGCGGGAAAUCCCAGGGCUGGAGCUGCUGUGUGACGACCUUGUUACCAUGGAGACGCUGGUGUACGAGACCUCGUGUGAUCUGAGCCUCAGUCUGAGAGAGCUACAGCAACUCAGGGACAUCGAUAAGCUCCGCCUCCUCAUGAAAAAUAGUCCAAAAGAGAGGUAUGUGAAGAACGCGUUUCAGUGGAUGGUUCCGUUUCUGCAUCGCUGUGAGAGUCAGAGAGAGGGAUCCGCUGCUGCUUUGCUGAGAGAAUACCUGAUCUCUCUGGCCAAGGAGGACCUUACUCUUCCACUGCAAAUCUUCCAGCACUCCAAACCUGAUUGCCAGCAGAAGAUCAUAGGAGAUCCAGACCAGCUGAUGAGUGUGGCUCUGAAGUGUAUAUACAGCUGUGAGAGAGACGACCAGCUUAGCAUCAGUUAUGACAUACUGGAGUGCCUUCCCCAGAGAGGAUACGGGCGAGAGACAGAGGCAACUAGAGCUCUGCAUGACCAAGUAGACACACUAGAAAAACACCUCAGUGUGGCGGAGGUGUUGGAGAAGUAUGGUCUUCAGAAGCCCAUCUCGUUUGUGAAGAACAGUCAGAGCAGCAAAGAGGAGGCUCAUCAGCUGAUUGUCAAACUGACCAGACACAUGGGACGCAAAAAUCCUCCGGCCAGUGAGACAAUGUGGAGAGGUUUACUGCAGGACCUGCUGGAAAUGCAACAGAAUGUCUACACCUGUCUGGAGCCAGAAACCUGCCGGCAGGUGUUUGUGGAGAGUCUGCUGUGCUCAGGCCGCGAGGAGAAUGUGCGGUUGGCAGGACAGCUGAUGCACUGCAGCGCCGCGUCUGAAGAUAUUCCCGUUAGCUUGGCGUUCAAAGGAAAAGCGCACGCCCGCGUCGGAUACGGACACAGCGUGGAGCUGGUCCUGGCCGCCGCUCGGGAAUACUUCAACUCCUCUGCCACCCUCAGCGACCCCUGCAUGAACCUAGCACGGUCCUGUUUGUCAUUGAUCAGUGACCAUCCUCCACUGGUUCAAGAGGAGCUGGACCUCAUCACUGCGCUCUCACAUCUGGAGCAUUUUAACGUCAAAAUACUGCCCUUACAAGUGCGUUUGUGUGUGGAUCGACUGUCUAUAGUGAAGGACUGUAUCUCACAGUGCCCUACGGCCUACAAGCAGUCCACUCUCCUGCUGAACCUGGCCAAACUGCUGCUUGUGGCAGGCAACGAUGAGGCAGAGCGUAAAGGGCAGGUCCUCACCCUAUUGGCUGAUCAGGCAUUGCAGAACCACGACUACAAAGCCUCUUAUAUCCACUGCCGGGAGCUGAUGGCUUCAGGGUACAGUGCGGGUUGGGAUGUGUGUGCUCAGCUCGGUCAGUGUGAGAACUACACACACCUGACGUCUCGUCAGGAGCUCAUGGCUUUCGCUCUCACACACUGCCCCCCCGCCAGCAUCCAAAAACUUCUGGCUGCUUCCAGCUCUCUGCAGACACAGGUUCUCUGUCAGGCGGUGAAUUAUCAGAAGGACUCGUCCAAAUCCAGACCAGACAUCCCGGGGGAGGAGUCAGGCCAGUCUGCCGGCACCGGUUCGGUCUCUACUGGUUCUGGCCCGGCUCAUUCGGCGGACCUGCUGCACAGAACCACGGCUCGCACCAUGGAGGUUCUGACCAAUACCACCAUAAGCACCAUGGAGGUUCUGACCAAUACCACCUUAAGCACCAAGGCUGUGUUUAGUGCUGUCAGUGACUCCCAGUGGUGGAGGGACUCCAUCAAUUACCUACGCCCACUGCAUGGCCACGGGCUCAAGUCCACAUGCGACCUGGCAGCCGAUGAAAAUGCAGAUCUGGAGAGACAAGGUUGCCACCCUUUCUACGAGACGUUGUUUGACGACCCCUACGUCGACCAGGGCGAGGAUGUUUACUCCUCUUACAACUACACCCCUCAGGAGAACUUUGCUGAGGUCUUGUUACGGACUGGCAAACUGGCUGAAACCAAGAGUGAAGGGCAGAACCUCUUCCCAGCUACCGAGGUUCUACUCCAGUUGGCCAGUGACGCUUUCCCCCGAGACAUGACUCUGACCUUGGCUUAUUUACUGGCCCUGCCUCAGGUAUUGGAUGCUAACCGUUGUUUUGAGCAGCAGCCUCCGUCUGCGCUGUCUCUGCAGUUGGCUGCGUAUUACUACGCUGUGCAGAUCUACUCACGCCUGGCGCCCUGCUUUAAGGACAAAUGCCACGCCCUCUAUAGGGCUGAUCCAAGGGAGCUCAUUCGUCAAGUGACCAAACAUGUGACUGAUAACGAAGACUACGAUUGGCCGGAUGAGGAGCUACGGGCCUUGAUUGGUCAGUUGCGUGUGUACAGUGAUCGUCUAACAGACUUCACUCAGGCCCAGGUUCUGCAGGGUCUGGGACGCGGUGUGGACGUCCAGAGAUUCAGCAGUGACGCUCAGUACAAAAAAGAAACCAUUCUGGGCUUAGCAGAGACGUUGGAUGAGAGUGUGUAUGGAAUCUCUCUGUCACUGGCUCAUCGUUACAGUCUUCCAAUGUGGGAGGUUUACAUGACACACCUGGAGUUCCUCUUCACUGACAGCGGACUUUCGACAAAAGAGAUUGAGAGUCGUAGCGAGUCUCUGAGAUUGUUGGAGACUCUGAAAACCAAUCCAGAGGAGUUUUACAGCCACAUGACCAAGUACGUGUUUCCAAGCGUGGCAGGGACAGACUUGGCCAGACUGUUGUAUUAUUACAGUUUGUUGGAAACCUGCGGCUGUUCCCAGUUCUUCACUUCGGCCAUGAAACUAGACACCCACGUCAAACUGCUCAAAAAACUCAAAGCCGUCGCUAACGGUCUGGACUAUAAGAAGUUAAUUGAUGAGGAGUCAGAUCCUCUGGCAGCCCUUGAACCGGUUUUAACCAGUCAAAACGUUCUGUCCAUCUCCAAACUGGCGCCCCGUAUAGCCUCGAAGGGAGACUCCGCCCUGACCCCCAGUGCCGUCCACUCCACCUGGUUACACAAGCUUUUCUGGGGGGGUGACACCCAGAUCUUAAAAAAGGUCCCGCAGACAGACCAGGACUUCCUCCACGCCUACGACACGUGUGGCAAAUACUUUGACAGACUCCUCCCCUUAGACGCCAUCAACUUCUUUGAUGCCAUCACUUUUUCCCCCAAGGCGGCCAAUCAGCUGUCUGUGGAGACCAGGCUGGAGAUCACUAAACGUGCUCUGAAGGCUUUGAAGACCAUUAGCGAGAAAAGCAAGAAAAAAAGUGGAGAUGACGGAACUCAGCCGAGCGAUAACUACACGUUUGACCACGCCCUCUCACACCUGCAGCAGUCUCUCGCUCACCUGGAAACCCUGGGUCAAGCUUUCCCGCUUUCACUCAAGAACAGCCAAGAGGAGCUAUUGCGGAAGUACAGCCAUGCCUAUGACCUUUCAAGGUCAGAGAGGUCAAAGGUGCACCAGCUGGCUGUCACCAUGGCGUUGGACGGACAGCCCCUGGAGCGAAUCGAACAGCUGCUGGCUGUCGCCGUGGGACCGACAGAUCUGUCGCCAAGGAGCGUGGUGCAGGAUGCAGUGGAGCGCAUCAUCAGAGCACUCAGUGGUGAUGAAGAAAUACUGAAGGAUUACUCAGAGCCGUUGAGAGUCUUGGAGGGCAUUGUGAAGGCCAUACACACAAACGUACAGAACGGUGGUGGUGCGGUGUCGUCAGAAGACCUGUUGACAUGGUUACGGCCAUUCUGUGGGGAUGAUACAAGAGCAGUAAGGCCCAGAAUUGAGGUGCUGCAGAUUCUGGAACAUUCUUUUAACCUGAGCGAAGAAGACAUCCGUCUGCUGGUCUUCUUUAGGAGUCAAGCAGUACUCAAGGCGUGCUGGCCAAGUCGAGAGUGUGAGAUGACAGACAUUGAAGAUGAGCAAAAACGGUACUGCCUCUUCGUAGAACUGUUGACUGCCAGCCAAAAAUGGGAGGAGUUUCAGCACCUUAUGCUCCUCCUUCAAGCUUGGCCACCAAUGACUGGCGAGGACAGACUAAACUCAGAUCAGAACCCUUGGGUGCGCCUGACAUCAGCAUUACUCACUCACUGCUCGGCGGGGUCAGAGAUCAACGUGGGAGAUGAAGUGUUGGCCAUGUGUCGCACUCUCUAUCCCAGCAAACACAAGCUCAGCCCUCAGUGUGUGGGUCAUGUGUGUGGUCACUUGUUGAGUGGCAGACAGAAAUUGGCUGCGCUCAAGCUGCUGACAGAGAGUGAGGAUGAGGAGUUGAUGAAGAUGGCUCUGAAUGAGAUUAAAACCAUCAGUCAGGUGAGUGAGGAGUGCUGUGACUCCGAGCUCUUGACCCUGCUGCUGAACGCUGGGAUGCUGAUCAGCUGUGUAGAGACAAUCUUCUACGGACCCCUGGUCACCCACCUCCUGACCAACCAGCACCAAGGGGGCUGGGACGUGGAACAGGCUGCCCGAGACAUGCACCAGGCUGGGCACAGUGCUGAAGCUGGUUCCCUGCUUCUGACCUACCGUGGAUCUCACCCAUCCCACCUCACCUUCAACAGCGCGCUCUCCAUUCUCCGCAAGUGGCUCUGAGAGAGACAGGCCGGGACGGAAACAGGGGGAGAGGAAACGCAGAACGAGAGAGAAGACGACAAGCACAAAACUGAACGAGGAUGAACCAAAUCGUUUUCAUCUCCACGCUUCCAUGGCCUGGUGGAAUCCAGCCAGGAUGGAGUGAGUCUGUGUGGACACGGCUAACGAGAGGGGGGGGCGUGACGGAUGAAACCUCUCUGUGGCCGAAUGUCCGAGGCUUUUCCCAGACAUCUCUCUUCCAACAGCGAAACUGCCCCGUAGACCGCAGCUCGUAUCGACCAACGUUUUUUUCCCCUAAUCAAUUCCUCGGUGCUCUGAAACUGAAAAGCGGGUAAAUUUCCCCUCUAAGAGCAAUCCUAAUCACAGUUCUCCCUUCACACUUUCUCCUCUCUCUCGCUCUCGCUCUCUCUCUCUCUCUCUCUCUGUGUUCAUGUCCCUAUCUCCUCGUUCCCCUUAUGAGGCAGAGUGACGUUAAGUCAGCUGCGUUAGUCCGGCUAGCCCCAGUAUUCUAAUUGUUAGUCUGGGUUGUUAUUGGUACUGCAUCCGGGGUAAACCUACCACUUCUCCUCCACCUAUGAUGUAAUCGGUCCAUCGUUCAGCAUGUUUUUUUCUCUGUCUCUCUCUCUCUCCCGCUCUCUCUUUCUUUAUUAAUUGUUUUUUUUAACAAAAAAGGAAGGAGCCAGGGAGUUGGGUCCACGCAUGCUGAACGAGUGUUGAAAAAGGCUCCGGUAUCCUCGUUAAGAACUGAACACUAAUGAAAGAACAUGACGUGACCUUUGGUUUUGUUUGUUGUUGCCUUUCAUAAUGUUUAUUUAGGAUGAUAUGCCAAGAAAAAUGAGUUUUAAAUGAAUACUGUCUUUGCCAUCAGACGGUUCUUUGUUUCU